AAUCAAAAUAAAGUCCAAAAUAAAUAAAAAAUUAAAAAAUCCCAAACCAAAAAUCCAUUUUAUUUUCCUUUAAAUACAUGGCUCGAGUGAAGUCAGGUUUGCCAAUUUAGCACCCCAAACCAAUUCUUUAAAAUUUUCUCUCUCAUCUUCAUCUUCUUCUUCUUCAUCAAUGGCGAAUCCUACCAGAAGAGCCACCGGCUCAGUUUUCCGGUCUCACUCACCUUCUGAAAGAUUCUACAACUCGUCUUCUUCUAACUCAUUCGCCUCUUCAACCUCCACGUUCACAACGACGUCGUCUUCGUUUUUCCAACACCGAUCUGCAUCUCCUACACGCGUUAACCUGUACGGAUCAUCUCCGUCAUCCGUUAGAUUCUCUCCGAGCCGUUCGAUCUCCGUCGUACCAAACGGUAACAAUCCGGCGGUGAAAAAGCCGUUCCAGGCUCCUAAACGGAUGUGUAUGUGUUCACCUACUUCUCAUCCAGGUUCGUUUAGAUGCAAUAUGCAUAAGAACAGUAACAACAGUAACAACAAUGGUGGUAAUAAUACGGCGUCGUAUCCUUCGUACCGGCUUAACGCACGGAGAUCGGCGAUGACGAACUCGCUUGUGCGAAUUGGCACCGUAGAAGGCGGUGAUCUGGUGAAGAGAGCGCUUUCGGCGUUGAUUCGACCGUCGUCGCAUCAGCAGAGACGGAGAACGUCGUUUCAGCCGAGACCGAGUCGGUUAUCGGUCAUGACGAGAGCAGAAGGUUUAUGAGUAAAUUAUGUGAGAUAACGGAAAUGAAAACCGUUGUGCUGAUCUAGAUGUUUACCGUUAUCUUUAUUAUGUAUAGUAGUUGUAGCUGAGAAUGUGUGUGUAUAUAUAUAUAUAUAUAUAUAUGAUAUUGUCCGUUAUUAAUGGCUUCUAAACAAACUCGAUUAACAAAAUUCAUCAAUGUUUCA